GCCCUUCAUAAAUCCCUCUGUCCUACGCAAGGACCUUGAGUUAUUCCCCUCAAUGACCGACUUCAUGGGCACCGAAACCUGGUCUUCGCCCAACCUCCUCGGCCGGCACGAUACCCUGCUGUGGAACCUGGUCUACCUCUUCCACCGCCUUGGCCUGCCCACCCAUCUCCUCGAUCGCUAUCCGGCCUGGCUGAUGGAUUGUCAGGCG